UGGGGUCGGAACAGCGCAACCAUGCUCCGCAGAGAGGCGCGGCUCCGCAGGGAGUAUCUGUACCGGAAGGCGCAGGAGGCCAAACUGCACAGCAUCGAGGAUAAGAAGAUGCGGCUGAAGCGGGCACUGGAGGAGAACCGACUGAUCCCCACAGAGAUCCGCAGGGAGGCGCUCACCCUACAGAAACAGCUCGAGUUCGAUGAUGAAGGAGGAGAAGGUGUCUCCUCCCACAUGGAUGAUGAGUACAAGUGGGCGGGGGUGGCAGACCCCAAAAUCAUGGUUACGACCUCGCGAGACCCCAGCUCCCGGCUCAAGAUAUUUGCCAAGGAAAUGCGGCUGAUCUUCCCCAAUGCCCAGCGCAUGAACAGGGGCAAACACGAGGUGGGGGCAUUGGUGCAAGCCUGCAGGGCAAAUGAUGUCACUGACCUGCUGAUUGUACAUGAGCACCGGGGAAUGCCAGACGGGCUGAUUGUGUGCCACCUCCCGUUCGGCCCCACUGCCUACUUCACCCUGUGCAACGUGGUUAUGAGACACGACAUCCCAGACCUGGGCACCAUGUCCGAGGCCCACCCCCACCUCAUCUUCCAUAACUUCAGCUCCCGCCUGGGCCAGAGGGUGGCUGACAUCAUGAAAUACCUGUUCCCUGUCCCAAAGGAGGAGAGCAAGCGGGUGAUCACCUUCGCCAAUCAGGAUGAUUAUAUUUCAUUCAGGCACCACACGUACAGAAGGACAGACCACAGGAACAUUGAGCUGACGGAAGUGGGGCCGCGCUUUGAGAUGAAAUUGUAUAUGAUAAAGCUGGGCACCCUGGAGAACGAGGGCACCUCUGAGGUGGAGUGGAGAUGGCACCCGUACACCAACACCGCCAAGAAACGGAAGUACCUCAGCGCCCAAUAGGCCGGGGGCUCGAUGGGCCGGGCGCCUGGGGGCCCAAUAGGCCGGGGGCUCAAUCGGCCGGGGGCCUGGGGGCUCAAUAGGCCGGGGGCUCAAUGGGCGGGGGGGGGGCAAUGGGACUGGUUUUGUGUAAAUAAACCUUUUGUAACUAA